ACCUACUCCCAGCACCUGGAGCCCGACCUAUCCGCUCGUGUCUCCGCCUCCUUCGCUGCACGAUCCCGCAGCUGGUCCCAGCCCAACCCGACCCAGUACUCUGCCGCCAGCGGGACCUGCCGGGCUCAGGCGCGGCGGAAGCCAUGGAGGUCCUGUUCCUGGCCGGAUGCCGCGAGGACGACGAGCUGAAGCCGGAGCCCGGGGGUGUGGUGCGACAGGAGAGUCCAGACACACCGCGGGGCUCCGGGGAGGUGCGGAGACCGCGCUGCGCGCGCCGCCGAGGCCACCCCGCCAAAUCUCGGGGCCCCCAAAUAUGGUGCAGAGUGAACUUCAACUACAGCCCGCAGCAGGCAGACGAGCUGAGGCUACAAGCUGGGGAGACUGUGGAAGUGAUAAAGGAGAUUGAGGACGGCUGGUGGCUGGGGAAGAAGAACGGGCAGCUGGGAGCCUUCCCGUCCAACUUUGUGGAGUUGCUGGACAGUGGGCCCCCAAGCCUUGGUAACCUAGACACGCCUUCCGUCAGCCUUGACCCCCAGCGGCCUUCCAAGCUGAGCAGCCUGACCUAUGACAGCCCUCCUGACUACCUGCAGACAGUCUCCCGCCCUGAGACCUACAGGGUCCUGUUUGACUACCAGCCCGAGGCCCCAGAUGAGUUGGCGCUGCGGAAGGGGGACCUGGUGAAAGUCCUGAGGAAGACCACAGAGGACAAGGGCUGGUGGGAAGGAGAGUGUCAAGGCAGAAGAGGAGUUUUUCCAGACAACUUCGUGCUCCCGCCACCCCCAGUCAAGAAGCUGGUCCCACGGAAAGCGGGAUCUCGGGAAUCAGCUCCUGCUAAAGAACCAAAAAAGGUGCCCAAAACACCCCUCUCUGCUUCCAAGAAGCUGGUGACUGCCCCUGCUGGGCCCAGCAAACACAAGACAUCACUGACACCCAAAGGGGACAGUCAGAAGCACCCCUCCCGCGACUCAGGCUCCAAUGGCAGCUUCCUCAGCGGGGCUCCAGGCCACCCUGGCAGAAAGGGGUCCAAAACCCAGGCUGCUCGGCAACGCACGGCACUCAGUCAGGCUGAAGAGCAGAGCAGCCUGGCCAAGGCCCCUUCUGAGAACAAGCUCCCCACCCUGGACAAGACUACCACCCUGGAGAAGACCCUGGCUCCAGAUAAGGCCCCCAGCCCCAAGCAGAACCCAGCUCCUGACAAAGCCCCCACCCCAGAGAAGACCCCGGUGCUGAAGGACAAGGGCCCUACCUUAGAGAAGCCCACACCAGAGAUCUCUGCUCCUGACCAGGUCCCCUCCCCAGAGCAGACCCCGACUCUGGACAGGGCCUCCACUCCAGAAAGGGUCAUUUCUGAGGAUGAGGCUCCUGCCCCAGGAGUCCCGCCUAAGGACGAAGCUCCUGAUCCGAAGAUGGCCCCUCUGGGGGAGGAUACCCCUGUCGUAGAGAAGCGCUUGGCCCUGGAGCAGGUGCUUUCUGAAGUCGGCAGAGAGCACUCGCAGCUCCAUCACUUCUCUCCGGAGGGAACCUUGCAAGUCCAGUCCUUCCUGGCCCAGGAGGCUCAAGCCCUAGAAGAGGUCCAUAUGCCCGAGGAGCCUCCACUGGCGCCCAACUCCUCAGAGGGGGUGAUGAAACAACCCCUGGGUAAGAGGGGCAGCUCCCCACUCCAGUCUGAGAACAAGCCCGGGUCGACGGCUGCCCUUGAGAAAGCCCACCCUCAGGAAGACGCUACAGCCCUCCUGGAGAAGGCACCUGCAAAAGACGAGAUCACCCCAGAAGAGGUGCUCCCUAAAGAGGAGGUGCCCUCGAAAAAGGAGUUGCCCUCCAAAGAGGUAAUAGCCCCUGUCCAAGAAAGCCUACAUCCUAUCAAGCAGGCUCCAGACCCCCAAGAGGCUCCGGCCCUCCAUUCCCUGGUCCCACAAAGUUCCGCGGAGGACGGGGCCGACACAACGAUAAAAGGCGAGGUGGCGUCCCUGCGGGGGGCGCUGGAGCAGCUGCGACUGCAGCUGGAAAGGAAGCUCACCGACAUCUGGGAGCAGCUGAAGAGCGAGAGCGAGAAGCGCCGUUUGCUGGAGGUUCAGAUGAGGCAGAGGACCCAGAGGUCCCCGACGCGGCGCUCCGCCCACGCGCAGACGCAGCCGGACUGAGGU